AUGAGUGCAUCCUCGUCAGCGAAAACGUUGUCUCCUCCACCCGCGUACUCCGAAUUUGCAGAGUCCGCCCAGCACCAGCCAUAUAUUCCGUCUCGCGAUGCGACAAACGUUGUUUUAUCAGCAUCGUCUGGCAGCCAGAGCCACGCAGGUUACGGUCCAACACCAAUUGCCCAGUACACACAUCUGUUGCCGUAUUACGACCUGCGUUCGCCGUACGCUCUGGCUGAGGCUGGCUCACGAGCACGCUGGCGGUUCGUGGGCGCCAUGGUCUGGGCGGUGGCCAUCUUGCUGCUUGCAGGCUUUGUGACGGGAUACGAGGUGCACCUGAAGAUCCAUCACGCCUUGCUCGGCGGACAGUCGACGUCGGGGGACACGGACAUUUGGCAGGCGUUGUAG